AUGGAGGCAGCUGUGAUACGUAGCGUCAUCGGAGUUGUGGUAAUGAAGCUCCACAAAAUGAUCGAAGAAGACAGCAUGCUGAGGUACGACCUUAAGAAAUUGCUUCGCUAUAUGAAGAAGGAGAUGCAGAUGAUGAACGAUGCCAUCAUCACGUAUGGGAAGUCCAAGGACCAUUGGCUGUGGAUACUUGAGCUGCAGGAGCUGGCGUACGACAUGGAGGACUGCCUAGAUAUCUUCGAGGAGAAGGCAGCCUGCGAGGCUGGCAUGCCUUGGUACCGCCGCAGACUUCACCAGUUUAAAACAGUGGACAUCCGUACUCAGUUUGCCAGAGAGCUCACAGAUCUCAAGCAACGCGCGCUGGAGGCAUCUGGGCGGAGGGAUAGAUACAUCAGCACCAACACCCUAUCUGCACCAGAGCCAGACACCUCCUCAAAUUCCACCUCCUACACCCCGGAGGCUGAGCUUGUGGGCAUCACCAAGCCAAAGGAAGUGCUUCUAAAGUUGCUCUGGGAGAAAGAGAGACCAAGGAGGGUGAUCUCCAUCCUGGGACCUCGUGGAAUUGGGAAAACAACCCUUGCUAGGGCAAUCUAUGAUGAUGCUGAUAUCAAGAACCGGUUUCCAUGGCGUGCUUGGGUUGUGGCCUCAGAGCACAGAGGAGACAAAGAGCUCCUGAAGGAGAUAGUCCGACAAGUGGAGGCCCCGUCUUCCUCUUCUGAUGUGGAUCAUGGUGAAAAUCUCAACAAGCAUCUGCAGGUUAAAUCAAGGUACUUGAUUGUAAUUGAUGACGUGCAAACUUCUCUACUGGACACAAUCAGACCUUACCUCCCUGAUAAUGGCAGAAUCAUUGUGACCACAAGCAUGCAGUCCAUAGCAAAUACCUGCAGCACCAAUACAAGUUAUAUAUACAGAAUGGAAGCUCUUAGUGAUGAUGAUUCCAAAGCUUUGCUUUUCAAAAUUGUUCUUGGUGAUGUGACAAAAUCUCCUUCACUUCAUCUUGAGGAAGGUUCCAAAAGCAUAUUAAGGAAAUGUGAAGGUUUACCACUUGGUAUAGUUAACAUUGCUAAUUAUUUGAAAGAACAAGGAUCAGAGAAGAUCACAAACACUAGUUGCGACAAGAUGUGCAGAAACCUAGGUUCUCAUAUGCAUAGUAAUGGUGCUCUUGGAAGAAUGAAGCAAGUGCUCAUCCAUAGCUAUGACAAUCUACCUGGCCAUGAUCUAAAAAACUGCUUGCUUUCUGUAAGCAUUUACCCAAAGGAUCAGCCAAUCAAAAGAAAAAGGCUAGUUAGAAGAUGGUUAGCCGAAGGAUUCGUGGUCAAAGUCGUCAAUCGCAAAGACGAGGAUGUUGCUUGCGAACAUUUUGACAGCUUGAUCAACAGGAGUAUCAUUCAGCCAGUAGAGAUAAGCAACAGUGUUGGGGUGAGCACGUGUCGUCUUCAUGGUAUAAUGCUUGAUUUCAUAGUCCACAAGUCAGCCUCUGAGAACUUCAUUACUCUGAUUCACAAUGAUGAGAUCAUAACAAAUGCAAAUUAUGAUUGUGCUAUCCGUCGACUCUCUCUCCACAAACUUACUGAAGAAGGUGGCAGAGCAGUAAUGGGAAUAGAUAUAUCCCGGAUAAGGUCACUAACAAUCUUUGGGCAUACUAGUCAAGCUCUUGUUGAUUUUCACAAGAGCAAGUUGCUGCGAGUGUUAGAUCUUGAAAAUUGCAAGGAGCUUAGGGAUUGUGACCUUGACAGCAUAUGCACAUUGUUGCAACUGAAGUAUCUGAACCUUAGGGGCACUGGUGUCAGCAAGCUCCCAAAGGAAAUAUCAAAGCUGCUCCAUUUGGAAACACUGGACAUACGGGACACAAGAGUGAACAUGUUGCCUAAGGAGGUUCUCAGUCUACCAGAGUUAACUCACCUGUUUGGCAAAUUUAAGCUGCCUUGUGAACUUGGCAUAACUGCUACAAGGGCUAGCAGUCAGACUCGGACCAUAUUUUCGGGGGAUAGCAAAUUGGAAACUCUGGCAGGCUUUGUGCUGGGUGAGACCCAUUUUCAACAGAUUAUACUCAAUAUGAAGAAAUUGAGGAAGGUUAAGGUACUGGCCGAGAGUACUCCAAGUAGUGAUAUAAUUGGGCAUCUAGUUUCUUCCUUCAAAAAGCGUCUUAUCAGCUCCAAUCCUCUUGAUUCUCUAUCAGUUGAUUUCGGUGAUCACUCCAUAGAUUUCCUUGACACUCUUGAUGCCUCCGGUUGUUCUCUUACUUCGAUCAAACUACAUGGCUGCCUAACGAGUUUGCCUAUCUUCAUCACAUCACUGCUUGGACUAUCGAAGUUGCAUCUUGUAUCAACUGGCUUAGACAGCAGCAUUCUAUCAACACUGCAAGAAUUACAUCUACUGAUUUGUCUGAAGUUAGUUGAGAAUCGCCUUGAAUUUGGCAAUGGCAGCUUUACUGUUGAAAAGAAGGGAUUCCAAAGCCUACAACGACUCUACAUUCAGGCCAAAAAGCUUCCAAAAUUUAAUAUUGCCAAAGGGGCUAUGCAGCAUCUCUACUCUCUUCAGUUGAUUUCUGAAGACAUCAGUGGUGUUCAUGAAGAUACGGUUAAACAUCUGAAGGGUCUCAAGGAAGUAACACUUGAUCAUUCGGUUGGUGAUGACACAAGGAAAUCAUGGGAAGCAGAACUGAAGCAGCAUAAAAACAGGCCAUUGUUAUGGAUUAAAACUGAUGCCUGA